AUGGAUGAUAUACAAGAGGAUCAAAGUGAGCCAACGAGUGGUCCCUCCACUGGAAGUGAUGCCAAUAUCUGUGAUCUCGAGUCUCAAGCGUUUGACGCGAAGACAUCGUUGCUGUGGGACACGGAUCAGGUGAUGAUACCGGUGGCCGGCGCCAAGAUUUUCAAUAAUAUCGACGAAUACUUCCAGAAGAGUUUUGGCAAAUCAAAGGCAUUCAAACAUUUGCCAUCCGUUAGGGACACCACUCACGAGCCGCCCAUCAAAAGGACUCUUGUGUUCGAGCCAUCAGUUUCCACACAUAAGAGACGGGAAUUACAGACAGUUUUGACUAAAAUGAAGACAACGGCAGCCAAAGGACCGAAUGGUUUGCUUCUUAAGUGUCUUAAUAAUAGGAUUAAAGUAUUGAUCAGAAGACGAAAGAGUGUGAAACUGUUUAGUGAAGAGAUCGAGAGAUUGCGGAGGGAUUUGUUGGCCGCCAGAGAGAAGAAUGGCAUUUAUGUGAACGAAGAGAACUUCCGGCAAAUGGAACAACAGAUUAAGGAUCAGAUGAUAGACAUCGAGGAAAAGAUCGCACAAAUCAAUGGAUUGCACGAAGAGAUGAAUCAAAUUCAACAGCUGUUCGAUGAGACCAAAGAGGAGUUGAACACAAAGGCCACGGAACUGGAGGUGACGACCAAGACGUUGGAUAAGACAUCGCACGCGUUGAAGGAAACUAAAAGCGAUUUACACUUAACUCGAGUCGAUAGAGACGAACAAAAGCAUUUGGUUGGCGUUCACGUGAACACUGAGAAAGUGCUGUCAACUCAGGCCAAAGAACUGCUGUCUGUGGCAGAGGUGACCACUUCUGAUGUCCACAAACUGCACAGUAAAGUGGAUCGACUCAAUAAUGUCGAGUCCAACAACUGGACCAAAACCAACGAGUUUCAGGAGAAAUUCAUGACUGAUAUGAACCGAUUGGAGGAAUUGGUGUCAAUCACCACCACUUCAUAUAACGAUAGUCUGGAAGAAAUGAAAGCCGCUAUCAAUGAGAAGACGAGUGCCACCGAAGCCGUUGUGACCGACACUCAGAACAAAAUCACGUCAUUGACUGAUUUGACGGCUCAACAGAUGACUCGUUUGUCUUCAAUCUUCCAAAAGGAUCGACUGGUUUUGGAACAGACUAUCACUUUGAAGGACAACAGUUCAGAGAUGUGGAGCUUUUUGUGUCAAACAUUUAAUGAGAUAUUGUCUGAAGUGAAGACAAACCAAACAAAUAUCUCGGAAGGCAUUGAAAAACUGAACGGAAUUAUUGCUAAACAACGGGAAGACGUGGAAGAGUUGGUUAUGAAACAAAACACUCACCUCAAGAAUAUCUCCAAAAUUACUGUCAACUCAUUGAAUAACAUUAAAACUGAUUUGAAAACUACUUUCGAGAGUCAGAGUACUAAACUGACAUCACUUAUGGAACAAAUGGAGCGCUCGGACCACGCGAACAACAAAUUACAAGAAGACUUGGACCAAGAGAUGCAACAAUUGAUUGAAAGCAUUCAUAACUUUAACGCCAAUCGCAUCAAAACUCGUGUCAAUCAUCAGAACUCGAGCUCUGAAUUGAAUACUAAGUUAAUGGAGACGAAGAAAAACUCGACUAAUUGUUUCCAAGACUUGAGUUCCAAAGUGGAUGGAUAUGUGUCUCAAAUCCAAAUGGAAGAGAAGAUUGCACUCAAAUAUGUGGAAAGCGUUGAUAACUUGAAUACAGAGAAUACCCAACAAUUGAUGGAUCAGACCAAUGAAGUGAAUGUUAAGAACACAGAACUUCCGAAUCAAAUCCAAGAGUUGAUUACCACUCGCAAAGAGACCACAUCUGAGAAGUUCUCGCAUUUCAAUCAUUUGAUUGUCGACUCAAUCAAUUCGUGCGACAAACAGAUGAGUGCCAAACAGUCGGCUCUUAAAGAGAUGUCUGACUGUCUUAAUGAAGGCCUCAGCGAACAAAAGAGUUUUGUAGUGAAUAUCGUCGAAAAUGUCAAACAUAUCACUGAAUGUGUUUCGGAGAAGACUUCAGAAAUGAGUCGAAUGUCAGAGACUAUGGAAAAGUCUCAGAUCAGAGCAAUUGAAAGCCGUUACAAGAGUUUCGAGGCAUUUGUCAAAAACGAUUUGACUAAAGACAUACCGACCGGAACGACACCACAAAAGACUGACUACAGUUACCCGCGAGACCUGCAGCAGACGUCUCCGCACGAGAGAAUUCUCGAGCGAUUCCGACUCAACAGCGCCGCCAAUACAUCACUGCCUGAAGAGAAUGAAUCGGAAUUCCUGUCCGAUUCCAACAGUUCUGCGAAGAGUUUCGGCUCUAAUGACGAGAACGCGAAGCCAUUGACUGACACUCAGAAGCGACGGAAACCAGGAUUUCAAUCGAAAAGCAAAUCCAAUUCCAGUCUUAAAAAGAUUUCAGAAUCCGAACAGACAUUCAGUGUCUCCGAUACCGAACCCCAGAAGCGAACCAUAGUUACCCCCAAGCCUUUGACGGCUAAUCGAAACAAUUAA